UACCGGUUGAUGCCUUUGGGAGUGCCUCAGCAUUGGGCAGAGGAGCGGCACGUGCAAAUGAUACCACAUGGACGCCUUGUAAGCGCGCGGCGCGGCCCCACCGGACGUGAUUAAGCGCACUGACGCGAGUCCAUGACACCCCGCGAUUCCGAUGCGCGCAGCCGACUUUUGGAUUCAACAACCUUAGACAACAAACGCCAGCUGACGACCUCAACCGCCGCGGACCGACUGCCCCCGCUAGAAGCGAAAACGAACUCUAAAAAGCAAGCUGCAUGGCGGAAAGGAAGCAAGGAAUCGCUGGUGGUUCUGGGGCGGGCCAACCAACGAUGUCAGAGUACAAGAAGGCGCAAGCUCGGGUGCGCGACCUGGUUGAGAAGCGAAGACUGCUGGAGAGACGUCUGACCCAAGUGGAAGAUGGCAUCGCACAGAAGGAGUCCGCGUAUCUCGAGAGCACUCCGGCCGGAAACAUCAUCACGGGCUUCGAUAACUAUAUGAAGGGGACGAGUGGUGCGGCCGCUCAGAGACGGAAGGCUGGACCCAUGGAGCAGAACCGAGUGUUUUCACGAUCUUCCAUCUCGUACCGACCGAACAACUUGGAAGGAAUUGCCCCAGGGUCUGGAGGCUCGACUCCCGCUUCACAUGCCACACCGUCGUCUGCGCCCUUCCGAGACCCCGGGUCGAACCAUGCGACACCCACGUCUACGACAAGCAAGAACGCGAACAAGCUGAAGAAGAAAGACCACGAGGAUAGCGAGAACGAUGCACAGACGAACAAGAAGCGGACAAAUUUUGGUGCACAGCGAAAGUAGAGAGGAAGGUCGUUUGAAGGGCGUGCGGGUGCACGUAUGGGAACCCCGAAUUCUGAUCGAGGAAGACUUGAUUUAUGGGGUGGGUUUUGGCUUGGGCGUUUGGGAUAACAAAGCGGAAAGCUACAUGGCUCGGCUUGACAGAGGGAUGCGUGGCGUUAUACAAAGAUCGAUGACAUACACAAUGGAAAACUUUUCUCUAUUUUGAUUGUAGGAUGGGAAUCGGAUCCCCUUUAACCUACGAGGUGGAGAGAUGAACUUGGGGUAGCUUCCUGUUGUAGCAAUCUGACGUUUGUAGUCGAUCAGGUGAUUGUGGGAUGCGAGGAUAGCCUCUUCGGGAUGUAGCGGGCGUAGGCACCGAAUUCAAGUGGGAUUGAUUCACC